AUGCCUCACCAGCGCAACCAGUCCGUGGCCAUCACGGCCCACGACCACCUCGCCUACGAUGGCCGCAUCGAGUGGCUGGCCUCGCUCGACACCGCAUACACCCCCGAGAGAAACCUGCGCCGCACCUCCAUCAUCUGCACAAUCGGCCCCAAGACCAACUCGGUCGAGGCCAUCAACAGCCUGAGGACCGCCGGCCUCAACGUCGUCCGCAUGAACUUCUCCCACGGCUCCUACGAGUACCACCAGUCCGUCAUUGACAACGCCCGUGCCGCCGAGAAGUCCCAGGCCGGCCGCCAGGUCGCCAUUGCCCUCGACACCAAGGGCCCCGAGAUCAGAACCGGCAACACCAAGGACGAUGCCGACCUGCCCAUCGCCGCCAAUGCCAUCCUGAACAUCACCACCGACGACAAGUACGCCACCGCUUGUGACACUGAGAACAUGUACGUCGACUACAAGAACAUCACCAAGGUCAUCGAGAAGGGCCGCAUCAUCUACGUCGACGACGGUAUCCUCGCCUUCGAGGUCCAGGAGAUCGUUGACGAGAAGACCCUCAAGGUCAAGGCCCUCAACAACGGCUACAUCAGCUCCCGCAAGGGUGUCAACCUGCCCAACACCGACGUCGACCUGCCCGCCCUGUCCGAGAAGGACAAGAAGGAUCUGCAGUUCGGCGUCAAGAACAACGUCGACAUGGUCUUUGCCUCGUUCAUCCGCUCCGGCAAGGACAUCCGCGAUAUCCGUGAAGUCCUCGGCGAGGAGGGCAAGCACAUCCAGAUCAUUGCCAAGAUCGAGAACCGUCAGGGUCUCAACAACUUCCGUGACAUUCUGGCCGAGACCGACGGUGUCAUGGUCGCCCGUGGUGACCUGGGCAUCGAGAUCCCCGCCGCCGAGGUCUUUGCCGCCCAGAAGAAGAUGAUUGCCAUGUGCAACCUGGCUGGCAAGCCCGUCAUCUGCGCCACCCAGAUGCUCGAGUCCAUGAUCAAGAACCCCCGCCCCACCCGUGCCGAGAUCUCGGACGUGGGCAACGCCGUCACCGACGGUGCCGACUGUGUCAUGUUGUCCGGCGAGACCGCCAAGGGCUCCUACCCCGAGCUCGCCGUCUCCGAGAUGAACAAGGCCUGCCUGAUGGCUGAGAACACCAUCCCCUACGUCGCUCACUACUACGAGCUGACCAAGCUGGUCAAGCCCCCCGUCAGCGUCGUCGAGGCCUGCGCCAUGGACGCCGUCAACUCGUCCCUCAAGCUCAACGCCGGUGGCAUCAUUGUCCUGUCCACCUCGGGUGAGUCGGCUCGCCUGCUCUCCAAGUACCGCCCCGUCUGCCCCAUCUUCAUGGUCACCCGAAACGCCAGCGCCUCGCGCUACGCUCACCUGUACCGUGGCGUCUACCCCUUCUACUUCCCCGAGGAGAAGCCCGACUUCACCAAGGUCAACUGGCAGGAGGACGUCGACCGCCGUAUCAAGUGGGCUGUCGAGAACGCCUUGGCCCUCAACGUCCUGUCCAGGGGCGACCCCGUCGUCGUUGUCCAGGGCUGGAGAGGCGGCAUGGGCAACACCAACACCCUCCGUAUCGUCAAGGCCGACCCCGAGAGCCUUGGCAUUGGCCAGCUGGCAUAA